UACCAAUGGCUUCCCUCCAAAACUCCAACUCUGGGAGCCAAAUUCCAGCAGAGGUGCUCAUUCCUCGGAUUAAGCAAAUCCAUGGUGCCAUAUCCAAGCUUGAUUCGUUACGACCUUCCAAGCAAGUGAAUAGCCUCUUCUCCCACCUUGUCAAAUUAUGUAUCCUUCCUUCGUCUAUAAAUAUUACUUCCUUACCAAAAGAAGCCCAAGAAAUGCGCAAAAGCCUCAUUGAUCUCUGUGGCCGAGCUGAAGGUCUAUUAGAGCUUGAUUUUGCAACAUUCUUAAUCAAAAGUCCUCAACCUUUUAACCACCUUAAUCUUUUCCCUUACUAUGGAAACUAUGUCAAGCUAGCCAACUUGGAAUAUAGAAUUCUAGGCGAAAUUAGUAUCAUUCAGCCUAAGAAGGUUGCGUUUAUAGGAUCCGGUGCAAUGCCUCUUACUUCAAUUAUAAUGGCUACCCAUCAUUUGAAAUUGGCUCAAUUUGAUAAUUUUGAUAUUGAUGAGUCGGCUAACGAAUUUGCUCGCAAAAUUGUGGGUUCUAACAGUGAUCUUCAGAAGCGAAUGAAGUUUGAAACAUAUGAUGUAAUGGAAGUGAAAGAAAAGCUAGGAGAAUAUGAUUGCAUAUUCUUGGCAGCUUUGGUUGGAAUGACCAAAGAAGAGAAAGUGAAAAUUAUUAGGCAUAUAAGGAAGUAUAUGAAGGAAGGAGGAAUUUUGCUAGUGAGGAGUGCAAAUGGUGCAAGAGCAUUUCUUUACCCUGUCGUUGAUUACAAGGACUUGGUUGGCUUUGAAUUUCUCUCCAUUUUCCACCCUACUAAUGAUGUGAUCAACUCGGUUCUUUCCAUUCGUCGUUCUUUCUCUAUCGUAAAAAGCUUAUAUGCACAGAUGGACCAGGCCCUUAGAAAUAAGAUGGCUGCCAAGCAAAUCAUGCAAGCAGAAGCUUGGAAGAAAAGGAAGAUCUUGAUUGAGGACUUUUCUGAAUCACAAGGAGUUCAUUACCAAACUAAAUCCCCAUAUGGUCUGGCAUCUAAACAUCACGUUAUGGUUAAUCCUCCUAAUAUUUAUCCCAUUGUACGCGUUCUUUCCUAUGGUUCAGGGUCUUCACAGAGAACUACAUCUGACCUUCCUCCUACCACCUCCAGUAUCGGAGGAACACAUGAGGGAUAUAAUCGAGCACCUGUCGAGCCGGUGCUUAAGUUUGAUAAAUAUUUCACCGACCUCUUCAGCGUUGAUUUUUCAUUGCAUGCAACAAACAUUAAUGACAUGCUUAUUCCAAAUGCAAUGUUGUCGCGCAACCUGGAUGAUUUGAUCAAAGUAGGAGAUCAUAGUUUCCUCCAACGAUCAAUGCAAUAUGAUCUAUCUAGGGUAAAGGUUCUUUUCUAGUAUUUAUUUUUUUCCUUGUCGUUUUGUU